AUGAGGAGAAUUUCUCUGCGAAAUGGCAAUGGCAAUGGUAUUCCCUUUAUCUCUUUCUUUGCUGAUUCAGCAAUUACUGUAAGAACUUGUUCUUCAUGCCAUUGCAGUAAUGAAUCUAUUCCAGUAAAGGAUAAAAUUGGUGUAAAUAGUAGCAAUUUAGAUGAUGCUGUUACUCUCUUCCUUCAAAUGGUUAGAAUGAAGCCUCUUCCUUCAGUUGUCGAUUUCUCUAAAUUGUUUAAGACUAUGAUAAGUAUGAAACAUUACUCUGCUGCCCUUUCUCUUUUUCGACAAAUGCUGAAAUUGGGCAUCCCAAUUAGUGAUUUCAUCUUAAAUAUCAUGAUUAAUAGUUAUUGCCUGAUGUAUCGUGUUGAUUGUGCAUUUUCGGUGUUACCCAUUUACUUGAAGAAAGGCAUUCCAUUUGAUGUUGUCACCUUUAACACCUUACUAAGGGGACUCUUUAGUGAAAAUAAGGUCAAAGAUGCUGUUAGAAUUUUCAAAAAAUUGGUGAGAGAGGAUAUCUGUGAACCCAAUGACUUCAUGUAUGCAACUGUAAUGAAUGGGCUCAGCAAAAGCGGUCAUACUCAAAAAACAUUAGGUUUGCUCCGGUUAAUGGAACAAGGUAACACUGAGCCCGACAUAUACAUCUACAACAUUGUUAUAGAUGCUCUUUGCAAAGAUGGAAACUUAGAUGCUGCUAUCAACAUUCUGAACGAGAUGAAGCAGAAAGACAUUCAUCCAGACAUAUUAACGUAUAAUUCAUUCAUUAAUGGUUUGUGUAAGCUCGGUCAGUGGGAAAAGGUUAAAACUUGGUUCUCUGAGAUGGUGAACCUUAAUAUUUAUCCAGAUGUGCGCAUCUUCAAUAUACUAAUAGAUGGACUAUGCAAAGAAGGAAAAGUUGAAGAUGCCGAGGAAGUAAUGAAACACAUGGUCAGAAAAGGUGUAGAGCCUGAUAUAAUCACAUACAAUGCGAUAAUGGAUGGAUAUUGUUUGCGUGGUCAAGUCGAUAGAGCGAGGAGAAUUUUCAAUAUCAUGAUUGAUAAGGGCAUUGAGCCUAACAUUAUUAGCUAUAACAUACUAAUAAAUGGGUACUGUAUGAAAAAGGAAGUGAAUGAUGCUAUGCAAUUGUUUUGUGAAAUUUCUCAAAAGGGAUCAAAACCUAAUGUCGUUACCUACAAUACUAUCUUGCAAGGUCUUUUUAAAGUUGGAAGAAUAGGCCAUGCAAAACAAUUCUUUGCUGAGAUGCUAUCUGCAGGGUUCAUACCUGAUUUUUACACUCAUGGCAUUGUGCUCAAUGGUUAUUUUAAGUAUGGACUUGUUGAAGAAGCUUUGUCGCUCUUUAAUAAGCUGGAAGGAAAGAGAGAAAAUACUGAUAUUGAACUUUACAAUGUUGUCAUUGGUGGCUUGGGCAAUAAUGGUAAACUCAAUGAAGCUCGUGCUAUUUUUGAGAAGCUUUCUUUAAUUGGAUUGCUUCCGAAUGCGAGAACAUACAAUAUAAUGAUACAUGGAUUAUGUCUUGAAGGGUUGUUAGAUGAAGCUAAUGAUAUGCUAAGAAAAAUGGAGGAGAAUGGUUAUAUGCCAAAUAUCUUCACUUACAAUGUCCUUGUGCGGGGAUUUCUCAGGUGUAGCAAAAUUACUGAAAUGACAACUUUUAUGAAGGAAAUGACGGGUAGGGGUUUCUCAUUUGAUGCAACUACAACUGGGUUAUUGGUAAACGUUCUAAGGGAGAGUCCGUCCGUCCUUGACAUGAUACUAGAGCUUCACUCAAAAAUUAUGAAGUGAAUAUUUCUUUCGCCUGAUUUAUUCGGCUACACUAUCAUUGUGAUACAAUUUCCUUUUAGCACUGCAAAAGAAAUGCUUUCUAAUGCAGUUGUGGAAGCAGAUAAGCCAAUUAGAACAUCGCUUGGGAUUUGCAGGCAGGCUUAUUGAAAAGGCAAGUGCUGGAAGUUGUUGCAGGCACUAAAGGUAUCACUGAAAUUGACCAACUGAGAAAUACAAUGUACUACAAUACGUGCAGAUAAACGCGUCAGGCACAUUCCGAUAAUUGUCAUUGAUCAGGCCGGGAUGGUUAUGGUGCUCAUCGGAGAUGUUAUAUAUGAUGUUGCAAGUGAGAGCAUAGGUAUGAGCUGAACGUUUGAAUGCUUAUGCAUACUUAUUCGUGUGUGGCCAAUUUUGUAUACCAUAUUAUAUAAGCCAAAAUUUAUGAUAGUAUUUACAUGAUGGAUCUCAUACAACUUCAAGACUCAAGUUUAUGAUUAUGACAUCAUGCAACCAAUGCUAUAACUAA